GUUAGAAGAACGCCUGGCAAUAACCAGCCUCGUUUUGAUUGUAGGUGUAGAAACAGUGGAUAUUCAGGUGACAGAAACUGUUUGCCAGUUUUUGAAGCUUAUUUAAACUGUCAACAUUUUCAUUCUUCUAAUUGGAAAGUCUUGGGAAUCAUAGUUAAUGAACGUAGUAUCUGUAAUUAGAUAAAGUUUGAGUAGAACUUUUGAAGCGUGUGUGGUAACUAGUUUACAUCAACUCUGACUAAUAUAGUUGAUUUAUUCAGAUCCCGCCCAAGUUACGUGGAGCCCGAACUACAGGUGAUAAAACGUCUUUACGCCGUUAGACACAUUAAUUUUUUCGACAUUCUGAAAAUCGACACCCACUUCAUGUGCGCUUUUGCAAUAAUCACGAUUUUUAGGAAAUUGUGCUAAAAUUUCCUUCUUUUUCGCUAGUCAUCAUUCAUGAUUGUAGUUAACAAUAUUUUUCGAUGAAUUCUACUGUCUUAGGUGGAAAGACUGACCCAGUAUGAACGGUUUUUGUCCCAGCUUGCAGCCAAGACCGAAGACACCCACCCUGACCACGGUGACCGAAAGAGAGCAGCCGAAAAAGCUAAAAACAUGCUAAAAAGGGGAGAACAAUACGUUGAGACAUCGGAUUUAGAGAAGAUCCAAGAGCUCUUUCCAAACGACGACUUAAAUUUAUUCGAGGAUGACCCCUUUUUUCCGCGGAAACGCAUCGUGAGAUCCAGAUCAACAGCAGCAUCCAAACUUCAUCGCGCGCUAUCUGGUAAAUCCAAAGAAAACUUAAGCGAAACGAAACCUAGUCAAAGAAGGCCCAAUGGACCUCUCAGGAACAAGUCCUGUACUCGAACCUUUAUUAUGGAAAGCCCUGUACUUUUCACCAUGGGUGUCCAGAAGCAAGAAAGACACAUGUUUCUGUUCAACGAUAUAUUGUUGAUAGCCAAGCCAAGGUCUUCCCAUUCGUACAAAUUGAAAGAAAAACUCCUGUUGUGUGAGCUGUGGUUGUCAACAUGUUUAGCCGAUGUUUGCGAGUCGUCUCGAACUUCUGAUACGUCGUUCGUUUUGGGCUGGCCAACCACCAAUGUCGUGGCAACGUUUAGCUCUCCUGAGAUGAAAGAUUUAUGGCAUUCCAAUUUGACACAGAUUAUAAACAAAGUGAAAAAAUCUGAAACGGGAGUCGCUACACUUAAAGUGUCAUACUGGAACCAGGAAGCAAAAAAAGAUUUUUACAAGCCUAUUAAAGUGACGAACACUCAGACAGCCAAUGACUGUAUAACAAUGAUAAUGAAGGAACUUGGAGAAGAAAUGACCAACUUGAAAGAUUGUCAACUGUGGGUAAAGACUGGAAAAGAUGACACACCUUAUCCAUUGAUUGGACAUGAAUACCCAUUCUCCAUUGAAAUGAACUUUCUGAGGAACUUGCUUCAGUGUUCGUCUUUGAAUCCUCACAAUUUCAACAAUGUUAGCUCUGACAAAAAAAGUGUGUUCAUUUUUAGACGGUUAUCAACUCAGAAAGUCGCAGCUUUAACAGACGUUUCUAAAAAGAGGAAAAGGCAAAGAAAGCCUACCAUCAUUGGCUGGGCCUUCAAAAAACAGACAAGCAAACAAGAUAGUCAAUAUGGUGGGAAUAAUUUUUCCUCAUCUUGCUCAAUUUUCGGUAAACCGCUUUCAAAACUGUGUGCUGACGGAAACCUACCGAAAGCAUUAGUGGCCAUUUUAGCCCAGAUUUUUCAUCGAGGACCUUAUAUUGUUGGAAUAUUUCGCCAAUCAGCAAAUGCUCGAUCUUGUCGAGAGUUGAGAGAAAAACUGGAACUUAACACGGAUUUGGAAAUGAAGGACUUUUCUGUCAUUGUUCUGGCAGCUGUAUUUAGAGAAUUUCUCAGGUCACUUCCUGACUGCCUGUUGCUAUCCGACAGGUACAAUAAAUGGCUUGAGGUAACAGGAUAUGAAGAUGAGUGGGCAGUAAGGGAGAAAAUCACAGGGUUAUUGAGACAGUUACCACCAGAAAAUAUCGAUCUGCUGAAGCAUUUUCUUUGUGUUCUAUGGCAAAUAUCCCAGAAUUCCUCAGAAAAUAAGAUGUCUUCUGAUAACUUAGCUCGAUGUAUUGCCCCCAGUCUUCUGUGGCCAAAGCUCAUAAACAACCAAGACUGUGCCAUACUUCAGCCAGAGGUCUCUGAAAAGGUGCCAAAGAUCAUAGCCUACUUAAUAGACCACUGUCCAACCCUCUUUGGAGAAGAUUCAAUUCACCUGUUUGAUAGUUAUUUGGACAAGGAUAUUUCAAGGCCAGACUCAGGAGCAGAAGAAUCUGAUAGCCUACACAGCGCUCAAGGAAUCGGAGGAUAUCGACAAGAUAGCGAUUCUAUUGACAGUUUGGAGCGAGAUUUAGAAGGUAGUGAGCCCAGUCCUAAACUACCUAACAAGAAUAAGACAUCUCUUACCAACUUGAGUCGGGACUCUGGUUUAACUCUCAGUGACACUCAAUUAUACACACCAGAAGAAGAGAUGGACAGUGAGUUGUCUAACUCAGGAGAAUCCUGUCGUAGUGGGGUGAACCGCCUGUUAACGAAAAGUACCCCUCAUCUGGACUCUGUUGGUUUAGACAAUGGUCAUACUUGGGGUAAGAAUGUAGGCGUGAGCAUCGAUGGCUCCUGCAAUGACGUCAUGAGAAAACGUCGUUUAGGGUUGGAAUGUUCACGUUCUCGUGCCAUGAACAGCAGUGCAGGAAAUGUCAAAAGUGUGAAUCAAAUGAAGCCACACCAACCUCUCCAAUACUCUAAAUCUUACACUUACAAAGGACAAGAUGAGUCAGUAUAUAAUUCGAGUAAUUGCAACUUUAAUGUUAUGAUAAACCACAUGAAAAAUAGAGAUCUCUCUAGGCAGUCUGUACACAUGUCAGCUGACCACAUAGGCGAGUUUCAUUCUACUCUUUCUUUACGCCGUAGUGCUUCAGAAGAGAGCGUAGCACAGUCGCAUACAAGUCAGUUUUCAACAAAACGUCCUGCCAACCAUCAAAAAGGUCCAGCUCCUUCCCCUCCAGCUAAACAAACUCUUAAGAUGGAGAAUGGUAGUACUGUUAUCUCAGCAUCCUGGAAUACUGAAUACAAGUGGUCACCUUAUCAAACAACAAAGGCCAAAGACUGGAAACGUAGUCAGUCGACUUCUAAAAUUGAUGAAAUUGAUCAUUCACAUGAAUCGAGCACGCUAUCUUUGGUUUCCAGUGAUGACAGCACUCCCCACGUAUCGCGGAGCAACUCACGGGUACAGGAAAUAUCAUUAUGGAAGAAAAAUAUUAAUUACUCGGUUCAAAAGAAAUCGACCCGAGUCAGUAGCGUGUGUAGUUCAUCAUCUGAAACUAGCCAACAGACUCAGGUGUCUCAGGGAUCAAAUGAAUCGCACAGGUCACAGUGUUCUCUUGGAUCACAAGGAUCCCAUGUAUCGACUAGGUCAAAGGGAUCAAACAGGUCAUCUAGGUCACACAGCUCGGACAGUUUGACCUGUAAUGAAAGGCAUACACCCACCCACAAGCCCACCGAGCCACCAAGUUACAGAGAAGCCAUCAAUAGGAGAACUCGCCUACGUACGCAAGUAAUUGAGCAGAAGACGUUGAGUGCGAGAGCCAGGAAGUUGUAUGAAGAAUCUGUGCGUAUCUACAACGAGCAGGCAGAGACGGUUGGAGAGACCCACCACGCCGUGCCAGUUAAAGUAGACAGUGGUGAUGAGGGACUCUUGGAACCACCACCACUACCACCCAAACCGUUACUUAGAACAUCUAGUGAAGGUGCUGCUCUUCACUUGCGUCACUUACCUCCUGUUCAAGUGAAUGAAAGUCACAUUUUCAGUCAAACUCACUGGCCAAGAAAAACUCUGUCACGUGCAAACCCCCCUCACGAGUGGCAAAAUGAGAUUAGCUGGAGCGUGUCGCAGUUGCGUGAACUUUUUAGUUCUCAAUCUCUUCAGAAAUCGUGGUCUUACGAAGAGACUUCAGUGGACCAUCGCCAACCUCCUCCCUACCGCCUACCACCCCAUGUGCCUAAAAUGAACAACGAAGGUUGUGUGACUGUUGUGAGAGUUGGUUGUAAUAGCAGAGGUCAAGAUCCUGUGAUCACCGUUCAUAAAAGAUCAGACUCAGUAAGCACGUGCAGUAGUAGCACAGGUGGAGAGGAAUCAUAUGUUUAAUUACCGAAAUAUUUCUCUCUGUACAAAGUGCACUAUACAGACAGCCCUUGUUUCGCGUAAGGUGACCAAAUCGAUCAAUACUGUAAACUGUAACCUACUCUAACGGCAUUUAAACAAAUCGACAUUUUAUACUUCGCAGAGAUGUAAUCACUUCACCAUUAUUAUUUUGUACUUCGUUACAUUUAUAGUAGUGAGCCAGAACAUCCAGGAUAAAUAGAGAAUCAAUUUAGUACAAGUUUAAUACAAGUGUUAUAAAAAAAAGUGUUAAUUCGGAACUAUCUUGAUAAGAGACCCCCUUUUUUUACGAAUGUUUUUGCGAACAACAAUAAAAAUUGUUGAUUAUUGUUGGUAGCCACGGGUAAUAU